AUGUGUGUUUCUAUUUCCGGUCGCACCCUUUCCGAGCUUGGACUGGAGGCUCCCGAUCGAGACACAGGCAUGUUUCUCAACAGUGAUAUUUUGAGAGAAAGAAGUUACAAUGCUGAAGAGCUAGCAAGUUUCAUUGAAGCUAACAAGCCGCUUUUGGUGGGUGAUCAGGAGCAAGUGCAUGAUGUUGUGAUGGGAAUGGUAACGAGAGGUUCUGGAGGAGUGCUCUUUUUAGAUGCUCCAGGAGGAACAGGAAAAACGUUCCUCAUCAACCUCUUGCUGGCAGAGAUACGAAAGGAGGACGCGCAGCUCAUUCAGCAUUGA